AUGGACAGGAGUUGGAUGUUAAUUUCUGAUAGAUUCAGUCAGCCAUAUGUAGAUGGGGUGAACUCAUUUAUUGAAUUUGCAAAGGCUCAUUUGGGUGAGGCUAGAGAGAUUAAGUGCCCAUGCAUCAAUUGUUGUAACUUUUAUAAGCAGGAGUAUGAUAGUGUGAAGGCUCAUUUGCUCAUAAGUGGGAUGAUAGUAUCAUACACCACUUGGUUAGAACACGGUGAACUUCCAGAACACAAUAACCUUGAUGAAAGCAAUGGUGAGAAUGAUGAGGAUGAAGAUGAAUAUGAUGAACUGAUAGAGGACUAUCAGAGGGGGAAUUUUAUGGAGGGUGAUACUCUAGAAAGAGAGGAUGUACGACAUUUUGAUAAAUUGCUAGAUGCUUCCCAAUGUUGCUUGUACCCAGGUUGCAAAAACUCAGAUACUUUGUUAUCAUUCGUUAUUCAGAUGCUACAUGUGAAGGUAGAAAAUAGGUGGAGUAAUAAGUCUUUUGACAAGGUUUUGGAGAUACAAAGGCGAUUCUUACCAGAAGGCCACGUGGUGCCAGGGUCAAUUUACGAGUGCAAGAAGUUGCUACGUGACUUGGGCUUGGGGUACGAGCCCAUCGAUGCAUGUAAACAUGAUUGUGUACUAUUCUGGAAGGAGAAUGCUCACUUGGAAAAAUGUCCCACAUGUCAAGCAUCUAGGUACAGAGUAAAUGAUAGCAAGGGUAAGAAGAUCCCUCACAAGAUAUUGCGUUACUUCCGAUUGACACCUAGGUUGAGAAGAUUGUACAUGUCUAGGAAGACGACAAAAGACAUGAGAUGGCAUAGUGAUAAGCGUGUGGAUAAUGGUGUAGGGAGGCAUCCGAUUGAUUGUAAAGAGUGGAAGGAAUUUGAUUUGCAUUAUCCAAAGUUUGCCCAGGAGACUCGCAAUGUUAGGUUGGGCCCAGCCACCGAUGGGUUCAACCCUUUUGGGGACAUGAGCACUUCCUAUAGCAUGUGGCCUGUCAUACUCGUGCCCUAUAACCUCCCACCUUGGAGAUGGACUGAUAUUGAUGUCUACCUAAGGCCAUUGAUUGAUAAGUUGAAGGAUUUGUGGGAGAAUGGUAGAACUAAAGGUUAUUUGUCUUGCCCUCCUUAUAAUGAUAAUCCGUUGUCACGUGGGUUGAUCAGUAAGAUUGGGUGGGUGGGUCAUCGAGCUUACUUGCCUGAUAACCACCAUUGGAGGAAAGACAAAAAGUUUGAUGGUUUAACUGAGCUUAGAAAGAAAUCCUUGGAUUUACCGGUGGAAAAAGUAAUGGCUCAAUUGGAUCAAUUGCGGGAAGUCAAGUUCGGAAAGGAUCCUACCAACAAGAAAAGACCACGAGAGUCUGAAGAAUUGAAUUGGACAAAGAAAAGCAUAAUGUGA